AUGGGUGAAGGCGAAGGUGCAUUUUCAAAUUUUAAUUGGGCUUAUAGAUUUACCGCUACUUCAGAUGAUGAAAAUGACGACGAGGUUGAAGAAAUUGAGGAAAAUAAUGAAGGUGACGAUACAGGAGGUGGAAGAAAUUUUUGGUCACACCCCGAAGAUGAGGUUCUUGUAAGAUCUUGGCUUGAGGUUAGUAAAAACAAAAAAACUAACACUAACCAAAAAGGGGCUGAAUUUUGGGGAAAAAUUGAGCAAAUAUUUAAUAAUGUUAGACUAUAUAGAGAGAGGUGUUUUGAACAAGGUACUGAUGGCAUUACGAAGGGUGAUUUAUUAAGAGUGAGGGGUUUGGAGCAGCUUAGAUGUCGUUGGAGAAGGUUGAAUGUCAAUUGCUCAAAAUUUGCUGGUGCUUACGCACACGCUGAGGAAAAAAGAGGGAGUGGGCAAUCAGACGAUGAUGUUAUUAAGAAGACUUCAACCCAAUCAAAUGUCUCUAAGAGAUCACGGAUCAAUGAAGCUGGUAACUAUUCAUCUUCAACAAACCUAGAAACACCAACCAGCGGUGACAUGGAUUGUUCCGGCUUCCCCUAUAGUGCUGACUCCAACAAAAGUAAAGGUAAGAGCAAAGUGAUGAAUGCUCCUUCUGAGUCAUUUCAACAAUGGUUGGAUACUCUUCAACACAUGAAUCUAGCUAGACAAACUGAAAAUGAGGUUGAAAUGGAAAAGAUUAAGUACCGUAGAGAAAAAGAAGCUGGACUAGCUCAACUAGAAAAGGAUAGGGAAGCACGAAAGCAGCGAAAAAUCAAUCUCGAAUUGUUCAAGAUACUUGAAGAAAAACCAUACUUAUCAGAGGAAGAUCAAGAAAGAAGGAACAAUUUAGUGAAAGUAUUAUUUCCUUGA